AUGUCACAGAAGUCUCAGAGAGCAAGCCUUCUAUCAGAGUACUGGAGAUCCGUCCAGACCUUCUUAAAAAAGUGCAUCCGACCUUCAAGAAAGGAAUUCUCGGCAUCGAUGAAGCACCAUGCCAUUGGAAUAGGCUUUCUCGGGAUUUUGGGAUAUGGAGUAAAGCUAAUACACAUUCCAAUUAAUAACAUUAUUGUGAGUAGUAACCCAAACAAGGAAUAA